AUGAAGGGUAACCUUUCAAAGAAAUUUGUUGCCUAUUGUUGCUGUCACAGCAUGUCACAGUAACAUAAGAAUUUUGUCGCAGAAGAUUAAUAUUUGUUGUGCAACCUGCUUUCCACACUGUAAAUACAGCUGUAUACGAACUGCAUAAUUAAUAGUGAUAUAAUCCGAAAAUUGUUUGUUUCAUCGAGUGCAUGUAAUAUCUGACAGAAAUAAUUGCAUUAUGCGGGAGCUACCACGUCUCACUCGGUCUUUAAGGGCCUUCACUGAUUUAGGGCGAACAAAAGAAGUAGAGGAUUUCCUACCUAAUGACCUAAUUGCCAAGAGACUGGAGAGAGAAGAAAAAUCAAAACACAAUCCAAGUUGGCAAGACUUUUGUAAAUAUGUUGGUGAUGACGUUGCACCCUUACUUUAUGAAUUACGAAAAAUAAUGAUUAUCUAUGGUGGGGAAGGUCAGACUUCACAAUUUAUAGAUGACGCGGCACUUUUUAUUUUGAAACUUUUGAUUGAUGAAAAUAAUGUAAAUCAAAAACAUCUGAAGAUAUUACGUGAAAAGUUUGGGACAGUUCCUUUGAAUGAGAUUAACAAAGUCAUGCAGAUAAUAAAUAUUAUACGCGAUAAAUUAACAGAUGAACAAUUGGAGUUUUUAAAGAAGUCCGAGAAUGAAACAUCUGAUUGUGAUAUGUUUCAGUCAAAUAUAUUUGGCUCAAAUAUGUCAUGUAACACUGCAAAUGUUAUAUGGCCUAAUACGGAAAUGUUGCACAAUGUGCUGACUAAAAAAAUAAUUCCAUGCUCUGAAAAUUUUUCAAUGGCUUAUAGGAAUAAUAAUACUGUAGAAAAAUCAGAGUUCGAUAUUCGAGAGUUUUCACAAGAAUUAAAAGCAUGUUAUGUUAAAUAUAUUUCUGAAAUGACAUAUGAGGAAUUUAGAGCAAUGGUUAUAAAUAAGUUAAAUAAUCCAGAGAAUUCUAUUCAAACGGAUUUAUUUGACUUGUUAGGAUAUGAACACAUAGAAUUUAUUGAAUAUAUCAUCAAGCAUAGAAAAAACGUUCUUGCUCUUAAUUUUAUUCAAAAACCACAGCCAUCAAAGUAUUCGGAAGUAUUGCAACAGCCUCAUAUCAGUCAACAAGUUAUAGUUCAGUCAGAAAAAGAAAAACAGUUAUUAAAACAGGUCCGGAAAGAAGAGAAAAAGUUAAACAAACUCACAAGUAAAUUAGAAGGAAUGGAUAGCGAUGAUGAAUCUACGUUUAAUCCAAUUGAGUUACGUUUGAAGAGACAAGAAGCACUAACGGCGAUGCAAGCGCCAAUAUUAGCCAAGCCAAAAAUUUUUUCGGAAGUGAUUCAUCGAGAAAAAUUCCCAUUUGUAUUUGAUUCAAAAAUAACUGCAAAAUCUUCUGCAGGAUUUAUUUCUGGGCAGAAAAUCAUGUUACCGGAUUCUCUAGAACGAAAAGAUUCUCAACUAUGUGAAGAAAUUUACAUACCAGUUCCACAAGGAGGGCUUAUUGACAUCGAAGACAAACCUGUUAAAAUAUCUUCUUUGGAUGAAGUUGGUCAAAUGGCAUUCCAGGGCAUUGAAUCACUGAAUCGAAUACAAAGCAUUGUAUUUGAUGCUGCCUAUCAUACCAAUGAAAAUCUUCUUAUAUGUGCACCGACCGGGGCAGGUAAAACUAACGUAGCCAUGCUUACGGUGGUGCAUCAGCUGAAGCUGCACAUUGAAAAUGGAGUAUUAUUAAGGGACCGAUUUAAAAUUAUCUACAUCGCACCCAUGAAAGCCCUUGCAGCUGAAAUGACAGCAAAUUUCAGUAAACGGUUAAGCUGUUUGGGGGUAUCGGUCCGUGAACUGACCGGUGACAUGCAACUAACCAAGUCUGAAAUUCUACAAACACAAAUGAUAGUAACUACCCCAGAAAAAUGGGACGUAGUUACUAGGAAAGGCACUGGAGACAUUGCAUUGACAAGUAUCGUUAAGUUAUUGAUUAUAGAUGAAGUUCACUUGUUACAUGGAGAUCGCGGACCAGUCGUUGAAGCCCUCGUUGCUCGAACUCUUAGACAGGUUGAAUCUUCUCAAAGCAUGAUCAGAAUCGUUGGUCUUUCAGCGACUUUACCAAAUUAUGUAGACGUUGGUCGCUUCCUUAGGGUUAAUCCAUACAAGGGAUUAUUUUAUUUCGACCAUCGUUUCCGACCUGUGCCUUUAAGUCAGACGUUUAUAGGAGUGAAAGCUAUUAAGCCACUUCAACAAAUGGCUGACAUGGACACUGUUUGUUACAAUCAUGUAGUUGACAUGGUGCGAAAAGGACACCAGGUCAUGGUAUUUGUACAUGCUCGCAAUGCAACGAUUCGUACCGCCACAGUGUUGAAAGAAAUGGCACUACAAAAUGGAACUCUCAAAUUAUUCGCCCCUGACAAAAGUUCGACUGCUGCUCAAAAAGCUCUAAGCAGAUCUCGUAAUAAACAUCUCGGUGAACUUUUUACUUAUGGUUUCUCAGUCCACCACGCCGGCAUGCUGCGUACCGAUAGAAAUUUAGUUGAGAAGUAUUUCAGCGAAGGUUCUAUCAAAGUUUUAGUAUGCACCGCAACACUGGCUUGGGGUGUCAACCUGCCUGCGCAUGCUGUCAUUAUACGAGGAACAGAAAUUUAUGACUCAAAACAUGGGUCGUUCGUGGAUCUUGGUAUCCUAGACGUACUGCAAAUUUUUGGUCGUGCUGGUCGGCCACAAUUCGACACUUCAGGCCAUGCAAUCAUUAUAACAUCGCACAAUAAAUUGUCGCACUAUCUGUCGUUAUUGACUAAUCAGUUUCCAAUUGAAAGUAGUUUCAUCGUCUACUUAGCUGACAACUUAAACGCAGAGGUCGCAUUAGGUACAAUCUCAAAUGUUGAAGAAGCUGUUGAGUGGUUAAGUUAUACAUAUCUUUUUGUGCGCAUGAAACUCAAUCAUGUUGCAUAUGGAAUUUCGUAUCAAACUAUCAUUGAAGAUCCUAAUUUGGAACGAACACGAAAAGAAUUGAUUGAUAUAGCUGCUAAAUCUCUGGAUAAGGCACAAAUGAUUCGAUACAAUUCUCGUACGGGAGAUCUCAGUUCCACAGAUUUAGGCCGGAUUGCAAGUCAUUAUUACUUGAAAUACGACACCAUAGAAAUUUUUAAUGAACUGGCAAAGCCAAUAAUGACAGAAGCAGAGAUACUCGGAAUGAUAUCACGUUCCCAAGAAUUUGAGCAGCUUAAAGUGAGAGAUGAAGAAAUGGAUGAGUUGGAUAAUUUAUGCCGUGAUUAUUGCGAAGUCGUACCACAGGGUGGUGCUGAAAACGUCCAUGGGAAAGUUAAUAUAUUGAUUCAGACAUAUUUAUCCCGAGGAAGAGUAAACUCAUUCUCAUUACUAUCGGAUCAGGCCUAUAUUACGCAGAAUGCCGUCCGUAUAUGCCGAGCAUUAUUUGAGGUGAUGUUAAGGAAAAAUAACGCUAUUAUGGCCGGGCGUUUAUUAGGAAUGGCUAAGAUGCUAGAAUUACAACAGUGGGACCACAUGAGUGAAAUGCGACAUUUUCACUGUUUGUCACAAGAGAUAAUUUCGAAAAUUGAAGAUCGUCAAUUGACGGUAAAUAAAUUGCGGGAUAUGGAUGUUAAAGAGAUCGGACAUUUUCUGCGAGACCAGAGAGCUGCGGUUCUAGUAAAGAAAUGUUGCAAUGAAUUUCCGACUCUCGAAAUGGAAUCGAAUUUACAACCGAUAACUCGUACAGUACUUCGAAUUCGUUUGAGGAUUCUUCCUCAAUUUCAGUGGAACGAUAAAAUUCACGGAAAAAACUCGGAAGCAUUCUGGAUUUGGAUUGAGGAUCCGGAUAACAAUUUCAUUUAUCAUCACGAAUAUUUUCUGCUCACCAAGAAAGCUGUUUGCACCAACAUUGAGCAGGAACUGGUAAUGACUAUUCCUUUAAUAGAACCUCUUCCGACACAAUAUCUAGUAAAAGCAACUAGUGAUCACUGGUUAUGUUGCGAAGAGAUAUUACCAUUAUCUUUUCACAAUCUCAUAUUGCCAGAAACUCAUCCGCCUCAUACAGAUUUGUUGGAGCUACAGCCACUUCCAGUGACGGCGCUGAAAGAUUCUCGAUUUGAGAUGUUAUACAAUUUUACACAUUUUAAUCCCAUCCAGACGCAAAUAUUUCAUUGCUUAUAUUACACAGAUAACAAUGUUCUUUUGGGUUCUCCAACUGGAUCAGGCAAGACAAUUGCUGCCGAAAUUUCUAUGUUUAGGGUCUUCAAGUGUUAUCCUGACCAAAAGGUGGUUUACAUAGCACCUUUAAAGGCUUUGGUCAGAGAACGAGUAAACGACUGGAAAAAUAGAUUGGAAAGAGAAUUAGGAUAUACAGUCGUCGAGUUAACCGGAGAUGUCACUCCUGAUAUCAAAGCUAUAGCAAAUGCACGAGUGAUAGUAACUACGCCUGAGAAAUGGGACGGUAUCAGUAGAAGCUGGCAAACUAGAAAUUACGUCCAAAAAGUUGGACUGAUCAUAAUAGAUGAGAUUCAUCUUCUCGGAGAGGACAGGGGUCCUGUGCUCGAAGUGAUCGUUUCAAGAACAAACUUUAUCACGUCGCAUACUUCAAGAAUUCUAAGAAUAGUGGGACUAUCUACAGCUUUAGCCAACGCGGUAGAUUUAGCUAACUGGUUGGGUAUCGAUAAGAUGGGUCUGUACAACUUUCGCCCGUCAGUAAGGCCAGUUCCUUUAGAAGUUCACAUAAGCGGAUUUCCAGGGAAGCAUUAUUGUCCACGUAUGGCAACAAUGAAUCGGCCAACAUUUCAAGCAAUCAGACAGCAUGCUCCCUGCAGUCCUUCUUUAGUAUUUGUUUCAUCGCGUAGGCAAACGCGUCUAACGGCCUUGGAUCUGAUUGCAUAUCUUGCAGCGGAUGACAACCCUAAACAGUGGUUGCACAUGCCCGAGGAAGAAAUGGAUAAUAUUUUAGAAAAUGUAAAAGACUCCAACUUGAAACUAACACUUGCAUUUGGAAUUGGUCUUCAUCAUGCUGGUUUACAAGAAAUGGACAGACGAACAGUAGAGGAACUCUUUGUGAACAACAAGAUUCAAGUUCUUAUUGCAACUGCGACACUUGCUUGGGGUGUCAAUUUUCCAGCCCAUUUGGUGGUCGUAAAAGGAACUGAAUAUUACGAUGGCAAAGUAAAACGUUACGUAGACAUGCCAAUUACGGAUGUUCUACAAAUGAUGGGUCGAGCUGGUAGACCACAAUUUGAUAAUUCUGGAGUCGCGGUAGUUCUUGUGCACGAUAUCAAGAAGAAUUUUUAUAAAAAAUUUUUGUACGAGCCUUUUCCAGUGGAGUCAAGUUUGCUCGAAGUAUUGCCUGAUCACACUAACGCAGAAAUCGUCGCAGGCACUAUAAAUAAUAAACAAGAGUUCCUGGAUUAUCUUACAUGGACGUACUUUUUCCGAAGGUUAAUGAAAAAUCCAAAGUACUACGGCUUGGAUGAACUGGAACCUGAUGAAAUUAAUCGAUACCUUUCUAGUCUAGUUGAAAGUACUCUGAAAGUGUUGACGGAUUCACAUUGCAUUUAUUAUGAUGAGGAGGAGCAAGAAUUAAUUCCACUACCAUUAGGAAGAAUCGCUUCGUUUUAUUACCUUUCGUAUAAGACCAUGGCUGUAUUCGAGGAUGCAUUGCAAGAGAACCUCGAGAUUGAACAAUGUCUCAGGUUCAUGUCAAAUGCCUCCGAAUACAAUGAGCUCCCCGUAAGACAUAAUGAAGAUUUAUUAAAUGAAGAAUUAGCUAAGUUGUGUAGAUAUCAAGUAGAUCGUCACACAUAUGAUUCUUCGAAUACAAAAGCACUUUUACUUCUGCAAGCACAUUUUUCAAGAUUACCCCUGCCUUGUACCGAUUACAUUACUGAUUUGAAAUCGGUCCUUGAUCAGUCGAUCAGAAUUAUUCAGGCGAUGAUAGAUAUUGUUGCUGAACGUGGAUUUUUAAUAAGUACAUUGAGACUUAUACAAUUGCUCCAAAUGAUUAUACAAGCUAGAUGGAUCGAUGAGCCAGCAGUUUUGACAUUGCCAUAUAUUGAAAAGGAACAUUUAUAUCUAUUUUCCUCAUUACCUAAAUGUCUUCCUCAAUUGUGUGCAAAAACGUUCGACGAUUACAACCGAUUAGCAAAUGUACUGUUAAAGAAGUUCACAGAUAAUCAGGUGCAACAGAUACAUCGAGUAAUAAAAGAUAUGCCUAUAAUUUCCAUAAAAUUGACAUUGCGAGGUUCUUGGGCAGAUGGCGAUAGUGAAAAACCACUUCCACAACCAAAUCAGUCAUGUUCUUAUGUAGAUGUAUAUCAAGAUGAAGAAUAUACGCUGAUCAUAGACAUGAAGAGAAUAAAUCAUUCUAAUAAUCUUAAAGCUUACUGUCCAAAAUACCAAAAAGGAAAAGACGAAGGUUGGUUUUUGAUCCUCGGUAAUGUCAGACGAAAGGAAUUAUGGGCUUUGAAAAGAACAGCAGGAGUGAGAAAUAGAAUCGUGCAGAAUCAUCUACAAUUCACUGCUCCAUCACAUUUAGAACGGAUCAAACUAUCGUUUUACUUGAUGUCGGACUGUUACAUCGGAUUUGAUCAGCAAUAUGACAUAUUCAUAAAUGUGAUACCCAAACGUGAUGAUAUGCACUAGUAUUAUUCUUUGAUAUGAAACGUUCCUUUAAGAUAUUUUAUAUAUCAUGUACAGGUUUCAUAAUGUUGUUUUUUUUUUCUUAAAUAAAAUUAUCGUUAGAAUUCUCCAACAGGAGUCAUUUUUUGCUUUGUCUCAUAUAAACCAUAAAGGUUUCUAAAUAGUAUGCAAAAAAACUUUUGUUAUAAUGAAGCAUAAA